UGCUGUUUAGUAGCUUAGCCCAAAUGUGCCUCCGAAAUUGUGACAAAUGUGAGGUUUACUAAAUUCCGGACACACUAUCUAAUUUGACUGCCACUACCUGCAACCCAUGGCGGACGUUCAGUUUCUGUUGGACAUGGACAUCUCCGCCAAAAAGGACUGUUGCUGUUUCUGCUGCUCUUGUUGUUAUUGUAGCUAGCGCCAGCGUUAGCUAAUUUAGCUCACACUGCUGUCUUCGCUCUCAGCACAACCGAGGGUGAUUCAUUGCUGCGGGGCAGUGAACCGCAAAAGCAAGGUAACUCUGGAGUAACUAAGCGACUCCAACAGUUGACAUUAGCGAUGCUAAUGUUAUUGACCCAUUAGCUAAUUGGCAUUAGCCAAUAUUUUAGGCAAGGUUGUAGUGCACGGCAUGCUAACGUUAUUUGACAAACAUCAAAGUUACAGUUGCAUGCUUUAAAGGAGGACACCUCAGUGAAAAUGAUAUUACUAGCUAAGGUCAGCUAACACACUUGAAGCUGCCAGCAACUAUUGCUGUGUGCAAGUUUUAACAUGGAGCAGCAGAUAGCAGCCAGUGAGAUGGCUGCUUAUCACACAUUUGUCUGAGUUGUGACGCCUGUGAAAGAGAAAUCAUGUCUUGCAAAGCCGCAACCAAGGACAAGAAGCCGAGCUUCAGCAAAAAGCUGUUCAGGCGAGGCUCUGUGCGCUCUGUGGGCAGUUUUAUGAGCAGAGUCCUGAGGACACUCACAGCGUUAUCCCACUUUGGCUCUGAAGUGCAAACAGAAGAUGACAAAGAUGAUGGAGGAUUUUCCACGUUUAAAUCUGGGAGUAAAGCUGUGCCCAUGGAAGACGGGGACCUCGCUGGGUUUCUGUCUGGAGAGAGAGUUCCUGGAGUGUCAGGUCUUAAAAACCACGGGAAUACCUGCUUCAUGAAUGCAAUUCUGCAGUGUCUCAGCAACACUGAACUCUUUGCUGAGUACCUCGUUUUGGAGCACUACAAAGGCGAGGACCUGGAUGAGGACAAACCAAAGACAAAUGGCGUACUUCUGCAGAAGAAGGGUCCUCUGGCCAAAGGAGAAGUUACAGAGCAGCUGUCAGGACUUGUGCGGGCUUUAUGGACGUUUGAGUACACUCCACAGCAUAGCAGGGAUUUUAAGAAUGCUGUGUCAAAAAAUGCCACCCAGUUCAAAGGGAACGCUCAGCACGAUGCUCAGGAGUUUCUGCUGUGGCUGCUGGACAGAGUACACGAGGACCUCAACACAACCAACCCCAACAGCAGACCUGCUAUAAAGCCACCUAUUGAAGAAGACGACCAGAGUUUAGAGGGGCCCUCUCCUCCCCUCUCUGCUGGGUCAUUUGUACAAGAACUGUUCCAGGCUCAGUACAGGUCAUCUCUUACUUGCCCACAUUGUCAAAAGCAAAGCAAUACAUUUGAUCCCUUCCUCUGCAUCUCCUUACCAAUCCCACUGCCACACACACGGCCCUUGUAUGUGACAGUGGUCUAUCAGGGGAAGUACUCUCACUGCAUGAGGAUCGGAGUCGCUGUUCCUCUCAACAGCACUGUCUACCGCCUCAGAGAUGCUGUGUCACGUGAGACCAAGAUCCCAAUGGACCAGUUCGUUUUGACUGAGAUGUACUAUGACGGUUUCCAUCGUUCAUUUUGUGAUGAUGACGAUGAUCUUGACAUCAUUCAAGAGAGCGAUUCCAUAUUUGCCUUUGAGACACCAGAGACCUUCAAACUGGAAAACAUACGCACAAAAAGAGGUAGUCUUCUGGCAAACCUUAAUCAUAACAACUUGAAGUACGGGACAGAAAUCAGCAGGACUCCGUCUUUCAUGCAGGGGGCCCUGACUCCUUUAACUGCAUCACCCAAUAAAAACCUGGGACCAGAAAAAAUGAUCCUUCUGGUGUGUAACAGGGCUUGCACCGGCCACCAAGGAAAGAGGUUUGGACUACCUUUUGUACUGUACAUGGAGCGCACUGUGACCUGGGAUGCUCUACAGAAAGAGAUCCUGGAGAAAAUGCGUCAUCUUUUGAGACCAGGGGUCUACAUUCAGGUUGGACCUUUCAGUCUUCGGGUGGUCGGCGUUGUUGGUAUCACCUACCUCCUUCCUCAAGAUGAACGACCACUGUGUCACCCAACUGUGGAAAGAGCAUACAAGUCCUGUGGACAAGGAGGGCCACCACAUGUGAAGAUUGUGGUAGAGUGGGACAAAGAGACCAAGGACUAUUUGUUUGGACACACUGAGGAGGAGUACAUUCCUGACGCUGAGAGUGUGUAUCUGCACAGGGAACAGCAUCAUCAGCCGCAGGCCUGCACCCUCGCUCAGUGCUUUCAGCUUUACACUAAGGAGGAGCAGCUGGCCCCAGACGACGCCUGGCGCUGUCCCCACUGCAAGCAGCUGCAGCAGGGCCGCAUUAAGCUCAGCCUGUGGACGCUGCCGGAUGUACUCAUACUGCAUCUCAAGAGGUUCAGACAGGAGGGGGACCGGAGGGUGAAAAUGCAGAACAUGGUGAGGUUUCCACUGAUGGGCAUGGACAUGGCACCUCAUGUGGUGAAGAGAAGCCAGAGUAGCUGGAGUUUACCUUCACAUUGGUCGCCAUGGAGACGCCCAUAUGGCCUGGGAAGAAACCCUGAUGACUACCUGUAUGACCUAUAUGCUGUGUGUAACCACCAUGGGAACAUGCACGGAGGCCACUACACCGCGUACUGUAAGAACUCCAUUGAUGGUCAGUGGUACUGCUUUGACGACAGUGAGGUUUCACCAGUAGCUGACGAUGACGUGUGUCAGCAGACGGCCUACAUUCUGUUCUACCAGCGGAGGACAGUUAUUCCCUCCUGGUCAGCCAACAGCUCUGUUGCCGGUUCUACCAGUUCAUCCCUGUGUGACCACUGGGUCAACCGGUUACCUGGCAGUAGGCCUGCUAGCUUGGCUUCUGGAGCCUCAUCCAGACGCACCUCUCUGGCAUCACUGGCCGAGUCAGUAGAGUUUCCAGGAGAACGCAGUGAAGAUGAUGGAGGAUUCUCUGUCCGCCCUUUUGUGAGGAGCAUUCAGCGUCAGAGCUUGUCCUCCAGGUCGUCCAUCGCUAGCCCAUUAGCCUUCAGCGACAGUGGGAUAAAGCCUUCUUGGUCUCUCUCUGCGAAGCUGCACAUGAGAUCCAACUCACCCUCACGUUUCUCCCUUGACUCCCGAUGCUCUCCUCCUCUAGAGAGGAUAGGAGAGGCCUGUGAUGACAAAGUUUCCACGUCCUGUUUUGGCAGCUACAGUAGACAUGAACGCUACUUUGGCAGCAGGACUCCCCUUUCUAUGAUGGAGGGCAACUACAGUGACCAGGACAACAACAAAAGGUUCGUAGACAUGAUGUACUGCAGGGCUCCCACUCCAGUGGAAAAGAAGAGCACCAAAAAUGAGGCAACUGAAAAUAACAACCAGAUCACAGCUAUAGACCAAAACAUUUUACCUGCUCAAGCUACUCCCUCCAAAGAACAGAAGCGUAAGAGCAGUAUUGGAGGAUUCACUUCAAAGGCAGAUAGCACAGGCUCCACAAAAAGUUCAGGCAAAGCAGAGCAAGAGAAAACCUCCAAAAAACGCUUGUGCUCAACCCAUAAGACCUCCUCGGUUGAGACGUCUUCCGGUACACCUGUGAAAGGCAAAAAAGUGAGCAAUACUAAAGAAAAGAAUGCAGCUGCCAAGAAAAGCACCUCUACACCCUGUGGAACUCCCUCCAAAACAAAGGAGGCAGCUAAACCUCUAGAUGCAACGCCACAAAGGAAGCCAUUUGUGGUCUCCACACCUCAGUCCUCAGCUUCUCCCUCGCCAACUGCAAAGAAGAAUUCCAGCAUCACUGACAAAAACAACACAAGUGGACGGAAAAGGCUGGUAGAAAGGAGCUACAGCAGAGAUUCUAUGCACACUAGUCCCCUGGUAGACAGUCUCCGAGGCAGCUUGGCAGCCCGCUCUUCGCUGUCCAAAAGUGGGGACAGCACCCGGCCUGAGAGGAGAUCUGUUAGGAGCUCCAGCAGCAGCUCUUCUGUCACUAGCCUGCGCUCGCCCAGCGUAUCCGCCAGAGACCUGCAGCGCGGCAGCAAAUCUGAGGAAAAAGGGUUGUCUUUCUUCAAGAGUGCCCUCCGACAAAGGGAAAGCCGCCGGUCGGCUGAUUUAGGAAAAAGCACCUUGCUUGCAAAAAAGGCCUCAGAGAGGACAUGCAAGCAGAAUGGACAAACCAAGGACAUCAGUGGUGAUACUGGAAAGAAUGGAGACGCUGUGUCUUCACAGACGUCCACAGAGACUCAUGGAGGGGAGACCGAAACAAAGGAGUCUUCCAAGCCCCCCAGUUCUCUCAGUCGCACUCUAUUAAACGUUGGCAAGUCCAAGUCUUCCACUUCUGAAGUAAGUCUCAAGUCUCCCUCUAACGGGAAGAAGCCUCUUGAACGGAUGGCAUCUUCCCGAAAGCUGUCAUCAAGCAUGCAAUCUCCUGCACGUACAACAAAGAGGCCUCAAUGAUAUAUCCAUAGUAGUUACAGUGAACUUACAUAAUGCAGCUAUUUUCUUUGUGCCUAAGUUUCAGUGAGUGCCAGAUGUGUUUGAAAAGAGACACAUUUUUGGAUGUUACGGUUUUUGUACACCGGUAUCAGAUAUAUACGCUGGCGUUGAAUUACAAAUAUUGGCAGCCAGCUUGGAUAAUUUUAGCUGUUCUGGAUAAAAGUAAAGUACUGUACACCAUCUGCAUAUUUGGGUGCCAAAAAGUUGCUUGGCAUGCCGCCAGUUUGAGUUUUUAAAGCUGUGCGUAAUAUUCCCAAUUACACCUUUUGAGCAUUAGUUAUAGUUUUGAUGGGUGUGAGACAAUCGCUUGACACGUUAGAUGUUUUCUGGCACGGUGUGUACGUGAGCGUGCCAUAUGCAUUCAGCUGUACACCUGUUUGAUUGUGUGUACAGGAGGCUUAUAUGACAGCUGACAGAAUUCCCUGUUGGAAUGUUGGAAAUCCAAUUAUCUGUCCCUCAGACAAGAGGCUUGUGAUAUCUCUGAGACGCUGCAAACAGUAAGUUCAGUUUGCUUGCAAAACAUCCUGCCGGCGAAACCAUUUAAAAUGCAGCAGCUUAUACAUUAAAAGAAAUUAAUGGGAUAAGAAGCUUUUUCACCUUAAAUGCACCAACAGUGCAUAAUUUGUCUUGUAGAAUAACAGUCUUCAUCAUUAUUCAGAUGGAAUUAAGCUGGUUUAAACCUCACUGCUGCUCUCUAAGCAUUUAAAACCCAACAUCAGUGAGAACAGAACCGUAAUAUCAAAAAAUGAUCUCUGGACAAACCCAAAACUGGUUUGAUGCUCACACACAUGCACACACAUACAGAAGAGUUUCAUUCCGAAAUAAUAGUGGCUAAGCGCCUGCAGUAGUUCUCAUUGUUUUAAGCCGAUCAAAUUGACCAUUGAUGAGCAAAACCUGCUUUUCUUAUCGCCAAACACCUCAUUAAUUGGUUAAUAGGGUUACUUUGUGUAAAGCUCAUGAGGAAAUGUCAUUGGUAGACUUUAUGUGCUGAUAAUUUAAUUUUUCAUGUCUUGAGAGUGUUUAAGAUUCAAAGCUGAAAAGACAAAUAAGAGACGUCCAGAUCACGAACAUGAGAAGAAUAGAAAUGCAGAGGUGACAGCAGGACCUGGACCAAAACCGAAAAUUAUUUGAGGUGAGAAAGAAAUCGGUACACACAUUGAGACAAGUUUUCCAAUAUUUAAAAUCUUUAUUUUUGUUUAAUACUAGUACUUUUUCAAUAGAAAUGUAUUUUAUCAAAUGCUUAUUGAAGCUUUUUUUUCUCAAAGGGAUAGUGUGUUUUGGAAUGAAACCCUUUAAAAAUCAAAGUAUAUGAAUCCAUAUAUAUGUAUAUAUAUAUAUAUGUGUCCGUACAGAUAUUGACAAAAUAUAGAAUAUUAUCCAUUUUUUUUUCCUUUCCAUGAGCAAGAUGAAAAUGAUCUUAAGCGCCUUUCAAUACUGUACAUGGAAACAAAUAAUUGCCUUUGGCAACAUAGUAGUCUACUACUGUAUGCAUCACUGAGUAGGAAUGUUGUAUUGUUCGCACUUUGUGUAGAUAAAGUAGUUUUCUUUUUCCCAGAACAGUCAUAUAUAUAUAUGCACACACACACACACACACACACUAACUUAGCAAUGUAAUUAUCUCAUUUUUAAAUAUGUUGUCAUGAUUUCCACACAUAACCUAAAGUGGUUUCAGGCCUUAGAUUUGUAAUGGUGAAAGGGUACAUUCAUCUCAAUGUUUUAGGGGUCGUUUUAGGAAAUCACCCCCUUCCAACACCUGGUGCUGUAACAGACCGAUGCUCCUCUGGCACUGAUAUUUCUUAAAAUGAGCAUAUUUUCAAAUGCUGAUGUUCAGAACUGUGACCACACACUUCAGUGAGCCAGAAAACUGUUGGCAGCAAUUCUCAUAACCUGUGGUACCUCAUUGGAGAAGACAAUGCCAUUUCUUUCUUCAUAUGGCUGAAAAAUUGAUAAUGAGCCAUUUAAUUUAUCGCAGAAUUCCAUUUAUAUUGACUUUGAUUUGCUCAAAUAUGUAGGCUUUCGCAACUAUCAGGCAAUGCUUGGUAUAUUUGUUUUGCAGUAAAAUGACGAAAGCAAAGGCAGAGGUAGGAUGUUGUCAAUGCAGCGGUCAUGAUGAUGAUUUGAUCAAUCUGCAUUAUCAUUGUAGAAGUACCUGACCUGUAAUCGCAAUAUUCAUACAUUAGAUACCAGCAUGGUGUAUGUUUUUAUUGAAUGAAUGUGGAGAUGCCAUUAACAUCCAACCUUUAGUAUGUUGUUUUACUUAAAACAUUAAUAUAAUACUUUACAUAGAGAUCUACAGUAUUUCUCUCAACUGUUUCCCUGUAGCAUCUACCAGGUUUACAUUGGUUCUCAGAUGGUUUCAGAGGAAAUACCAUGCAAUUUAAAAUAGCAUGUACCUUAUUUAAAUGGCCUGUACAUGGUUUGAGCAAAUUAGCAGCCUUAAUGUGCCUGGCAUUGAAUUUCUGACAUUGCAACACAGCUGUGUCAUCUUUUUGUGGUGACAUGAAAAAGUUGGAUAGUGGGUUGAAGUGUACUCAAAAUAACCAGAGAUAUUAUUUGUAUUAUUUGUCUCAGAGAUUCACAACAAGCUCUUUAUCAGUCCACUUUUGAAAGGUAAAAUGACUAUACCGUGAGAUUUUUUAACUCAAAUACAUUAAUAACAAAUACAAAGUGGGCAAUAGCAAAAGAAAACAUAUGGCAAACUUAAUAAUGGGGAUGCACCGAUUGUGGAAUUCUGAGGCCGUGCAGAUGUUAAAAAUAACAAUUUGGCUGAUAGCUGAUACCUGUGUUUAUUUGUUUUUUGUUGUUAUUUACU